UGAAAGACGACUGCCGAUUUGACUUAAGCCUCCACCCAAAGUCAAUUUCAAUGUAUGGAUAUCUCUCCUUUGACCUGAAUCUUUCGAUUCCGAAGCAUCAACGUUGAAGAUGGAAUCAGAGCACGCGGAUGCCUCUAGUAAUCAAGCUGGACCAUCUAGGGAAGGCUGGCAUACUGUGUCGAUGCGAAUCCCAUUUCUCAAUCAUCAACACGCUACGAUAGCCAAAAGAGCGUUAGAAGUGGAUAAGGAGCAGCAUCCUGGGCUGAUCCACCGGACGAUAGAAGUAGAGAACGAGGCUGUUGUGGUUCACUAUGCUUGUGCAACAGUCCGCCUUUUGCGCUUAUCUACGAACUCAUUCUUCUCGUCUGUGGACCUCGUCGUAAGGACACUGGAAGCGUUUGCCCCGGAUCCCGAUAGACCUGAUCCAACAGAUGAAGAGCUAGAGGAACAGCGCAGACUCGCCAACAGUGCGCAAACUAAAGGAAUAGAACUGAGGGGAGACGGAAAAGGCGCAGGAUCAGGAGAGGAGGUCAGGUAGACCAGGCAAAGAGCUACGACCGAAACGUGAUCAUGCCAUU